AUGUCCGACUCCAUGGCUGAAGCCGUCGCACUCCUCGCCGCCACCAAGGACGUCCUGCUGGGAGUCUUGGGCGUUGUCGUCGUCGCCAAGGACUUCCUCGACAAGGUGAAGGAGAUUGUUACGGCCGCCAAGGAAGUGGUCACCGCCAUCGGAGAGCUGGUUGUCGCCGUUCGAGACCUUUUCCAGGACGUUCAAUGGGCGCAAUGGAACGAGAACCUUCGAUGCGAUCUCCAAUGCGUUGAACAAUCAAUUCCCUUUGAUAUUGUUGAUUUCUACUGGAGAUUAGGAACAGCAAGACAGAUUCAAUCGAUACGAAAUAUACUCGAAUCUAUAAUGGUCUCCCUCCAUGAGAUAAAAAGAUAG